GCUUAUAUGCUGGAAUGGAACACCUGCGUGCCUUAACUAAUUUGUCCGGUACUCGACUGGAAAAGCGGCAGUACGAAUUUAUACGCUCGUCGUGUCAUAUUACAUUUUAUUUUAAUAAAGAUUUUAAGUUCUUCAAACCAAGCGAAACAUGUAUCAAGCCGCUUACGCAGGUGAAAAUUACGAUGCGGAAGGUGCGAAAAGCUUCUCCUUCGAUGAAGAGAGCAUACGAAAGGGCUUCAUACGCAAAGUCUAUUCGAUACUAAUGGUACAACUACUCAUCACUUUCGGCUUUAUCACCGUCUUUAUAUACGUGGAUGCAGUCAAAGAUUGGGUUCAUAAUACACUAUGGAUAUUUUGGGUCGCAUUGGCAGUGCUCUUGGUGACCAUGAUAUGCAUGGCCUGCUGCGAGAGCGUGCGUCGUAAAACACCGUUAAAUUUUAUAUUUUUGUUUCUAUUCACAUUAGCCGAGUCUUUUCUACUCGGUGUAACGGCCACCUCGUAUGCCUCAAGCGAGGUUAUGAUGGCCGUUGGCAUUACAGCCGCUGUUUGCUUAGCAUUGACACUCUUUGCCUUCCAAACUAAAUGGGAUUUCACCAUGUGUGGUGGCAUACUACUGGUUGCUAUUGUGGUAUUCCUCAUUUUCGGUAUUGUGUGCAUCUUCAUACCCGGCAAAGUAAUAACGCUGGUGUACUCAUCCAUCGGUGCAUUGAUCUUCUCCAUCUAUCUGGUCUACGAUACACAACUGAUGAUGGGCGGUAAGCAUAAGUAUGCCAUUAGUCCGGAAGAGUAUAUCUUUGCGGCGCUCAAUCUUUACCUGGAUAUCAUUAAUAUCUUCAUGUACAUAUUGGCUAUUAUUGGCGCUACAAGAAGCUAAAGGGUUAAAUUUUAGUUUUUAUAAUAGAGAUCUUUUUUAUUUAAGAGAAUCAAUUUAUGUACGUUAGAAAAAAUCGAUUAAAAAUAAAUGUUGUAAUUAAUUUAAAAAAAA